AUGCAUCCACUACUAUUUGCUCAUAAUUUUUGUGUUUCCCCUUCAGAAAUAGUGUACGCACUGGAGAAGCUUGGCACGAAGGUGCAGUGGCCGCAAAAGAUGAAGUCGGACCCAAGCAUAAGGAGGUCAAACGUCCUGUGUGAGUUCCACCAGGAAAGAGGACACAAGACCGAUGACUGCAUAGGUUUGCGACAAGAAGUAGUAAGAAUGUUAAAUCAGGGAUACCUGAAAGAACUGCUGAGUGACAGAGGACGAGCCAACUUCGCUCGAGGGCUCGGUCAACCUCAAGGACCUCCAAAGCCACCGUCACCAGCUUGUACCAUACAAAUUAUCAUUGGCGGCAGCAACGACAUGAUAAUCAACCAUGUGAAAUUCACCACCACACAUAAACUCAAACGGAUAGUCGCCCACGAACGGUAUGAUGACCUCGAAGAUAGUAUUAUCUUCAAUAAGUCAGAUAUCGAUGGUCUGUCUUUCCCUCACUAUGAUGCUUUAGUUAUAACUUUACGCAUUGCAGAUACCGAUGUAAAAAGAGUAAUGGUGGAUGACGGAAGCGGCACGUUAGAGCGGACAUCUGGAGAAAUAAUGCUACCUGUCAUGGCAGGAGGGUUUACCUUGGAAAUGACAUUCCACGUCAUGAACCAAGAAACGGCGUACAAUGCCAUAUCAUAG